UGGUCCUCUAUGGCAGAUAUUCUCAGAAGUGACGUCACUGAUGGCAUUCUGUGUGACAUUGGCAUGCCAGUGAUGCACCGGAAUGUGCCGUACAACUGCCGCGUUUGGGCGGUGAACCGCAAAAUUGUGGGCAUCCGACCCAAGAUCUACCUGGCGAACGACGGCAACUACCGUGAGAUGCGCUGGUUCACACCCUGGUACAUCGAUCCCAGCAAACAGGGCUUUGGUGAGCUGGAAGAAUAUUUUCUCCCCCGAGAGAUCGGCGAGAUCACAGGGCAGGCGAAAGUACCCUUUGGAAUCUUCGCUGUCUCAACGAAGGACACCUGCCUCGCCACAGAAACGUGCGAAGAGCUGUUCACCCCGGAUGCUCCACAUAUCAAGCUGGCACUGGAUGGCGUGGAAAUCAUCGCCAAUGGUUCCGGGAGUCACCACCAGUUGAGGAAGCUUGACAAGCGCAUCGACUUGGUUCGGGGCGCUACCUCCAAGAGUGGUGGGGUGUACAUCUAUGCAAAUGUGAAAGGCGGCGAUGGAGGGCGGCUAUACUUCGAUGGCUGUUCAAUGGUGUGGUGCAAUGGAAAGCUCUUGGCACAAGGCAGUCAGUUUGGUAUGCUGGAUGAGAUCGAGGUCGUGGUCGCCACAGUGAACCUCAACGACGUUCGAUCGAUGCGGUCCAAUUUCAUUGCGCGAUCCUACCAAGCAUCUUCAACCCCCACAGUGGCGCGAGUGGAGGUGGACUUUUGCUGUUGCCACCCAGCACCAUUAACGAUCUCUGAGUCGCAGCCCAUUCAGCCAAAGAUCGAGGGACCCAUGGAGGAAAUCGCUUAUGGACCUUCUGCCUGGCUUUGGGACUAUCUGCGUCGCUCAGGGCAGCGUGGAUACUUCCUGCCUUUGUCCGGUGGAGCGGAUUCCUCUUCGACUGCGGCGCUGGUGGGCAUCAUGUGCCAACGUGUUUUCAAGGAACUCACCGAAGGGACUGAGAGGUCUAAAGCUGCAACCCUGGCAGACAUUCGAAAGGUCACCAAAAGGCCAUUCUACACACCACCGUCAUGGCAGGAUUUCUGUGGCAAGAUUUUCGUGACCUGCUACAUGGCUUCUGAGCACAGUGGCUCAGAGACCCGUUCGCGUGCCGAAAACUUGGCCAAGCAGCUGGGGGCCAACCAUACCUCCAUCGCAAUUCGACCCAUCACCGAUGCCAUCGUCAAAGUCUUUCAGCAGUGUCACUUCGAAGGCACUAAGAUCGAGAAGUCGAAGGCACAGCCCGUCUGGAACGCCAGUGGCACCGAAGACAUCGCCCUGCAGAAUAUCCAGGCGAGAAGUCGCAUGGUCAUGGCCUAUUUCAUGGCGCAACUGAUGCCAUGGGCUACUGACCAGGCCAUGCAGGGCGACGCCGGGCCGGGAUGGGGCUCUCUUCUGGUUCUAGGCUCGGCCAAUGUGGAUGAAGCCUUACGUGGCUACUACACGAAGUAUGACUGCAGCGCUGCAGAUGUGAACCCCAUUGGUGGUAUCAACAAAAGAGACUUGAAGGCGUUCUUAAUAUGGGCGGCCAAAGAAAGAGGUAUUGGUGAACUGGAACGGGUGGCCAACGCAGUCCCCACCGCAGAGCUGCGACCAGAUAAGGCUACAUUCUGUUUCUAUUCCUACGUGCCCAUAAGUGCUCCAGUCAGAUUCAUGGCCGUUGCCUGCGCCACGCCCACCACGCCCAGCGCGGCGCCAUGGCGCAAUCUUCUGGCCGCGUGGGUCGCAUGGGGCAGCCUCUGGGCCGCCAGCUUCUGUGGUUUGGAACUUCGCUGUCAAUGGAGUCCGCGGAUGGGCUGCAGGAUCGCUGAAGGCGAGCUUUCGACCGAAGAGAGCGAGGAUCUGCUUGUGGCUUUGGGCCGAAAUCUUUGGGCUGCAGCAGAUGAACUGCUGGAAGUAAGCGCCCUCUUGGCCGCAGCUCCCCUCUCCGCCCUCGACGUGCGGAAGUUCUCCCCGCAGGGCCUAGGAGCUGCGGCGCUGGCCUUGCGAAAUGCGGCAGAUAUGAUGCUGGAUGAGGAUUGGGAGAGUGCCAUGGGCGAAGUGGAGGUGGCGGCGGUUUCCAGCGAAGGUUUCUUGCCGCCCGCAUCCAUGCAAGGCUUAAUCGACCUUUUUGCCUACGAGGAAGCCAUGCCAAGUUGUGAGUGGCAAAGAGCUAAGUCUUCACUCAGACGUUUGUCCAAAAACUUGGCUGACGUGGCGGAGAAGCUGAGCCGGCUGAGCGGGGGUGAAGUAGUGAACUCUCUGAAACGCUCCUCGGAGUUCCUAUCGUCAGCUGCAAGACUUUUCGUGCCUGGUGGUUUCGAGAUGCCACCGGACCCUCGAAUCUAUCGGGGCCCACGUGGAGAGACACAGCGCGAUUUCUAUGGCUCUUUCUAUGUUCCUCCAGAGAAGCAAUACGUGGAGGACGCCCCCCCUGGCAGCCCCGCGGCCAAGAUCUUGGAGACGGUGCAGCGGGAGCUGGCCGAGGCCGGGAGCUCCUCAUCGGCGCGGAGGCAGGUCCUGCGGCGCCUGGUGCGGCGGCUGCAUCCGGAUCAGAACCGGGGCAAGGAGGAGGAGGUGACUCCAGCUUUUCGCUACAUCCAACGGAUUCGCUCGGAAGAGAUGGAUCAGCGUCGGAAAAAAACCAUGGGUUCCGUUGCGCUGCUCCCCUGUCGGAAUGACAUUUUGGCUGAUGUGGAAGGUGGUAAGAAGGUGGAGGAACAAAGUGAUGAGAAAGACAUGGGUAUGUCAUACGAUGAGCUCGGCGAUCUGGGGCACUUGCGGAAGGUAGAGAAGUGUGGACCGCUCUCCACCUUUCUGAAGUUGCGGCAGCUCUGGUCCCACAAGACCGCCGAAUGGACGGGUCCCCAGGACAACGAUAAGGCGAUCACACCCUCCAUCCGGGUGAAGGUCCAGCCCAAGACCUUUGAUGAAAAGGUGGCGCAGAAGGUGAAGGAUUUUUUCUUCUAUAAUGCGAUCAACCGACACAAGAUGCUUGGCAAAGCGCUUGAGGAGCUUGCGAGCGCCAGGGUUCUUUGCAGUACGUCAUGCCAAGCGCCGUGA